CUAGCGCAACACACUUUACCCAACAGAACACUACACAAGUCGGAGCCGUCGAUUUGGGGAGGGCGGAGUCAAAUACACGAACACGGGCUUGCGGCCGACCGGCACGGCGGCACCGCCUCUCUCUGAGAAAGCCAAGCCGGCCCGAUGGAUCUGCUGAAGCGGGAGCUGGAGAAGAAGCGGAAGGCGGCGACGGACGACUUCGGCGGGAAGAGCUUCGUGCGGCGCUCGGAGCUGGAGCAGAAGAAGCUCCAGAAGCGCCGCGACGAGCACCGCAAGCUCCUCGCCAAGGCUAGCGCUUCGGCGCCCUCCCCCGAUUCCGCCGCCGCCUCCGACCCCAGCAACCCAGACGCCGCAGCCCAGGCCGCGGCGGGGAACCCUAACCCUAGCUCCUCCACCGCCGCAGCAGCGGCCUCCGUCCCGCCCGCCCUCGCGGCGAAGAAGACCACGCAGGAGGAGGCGCUGCUCUCCGAGGAGCGCCGCAUCGACGAGCUCGACCUCCCGCGGCACGAAGUGGUGCGGCGCCUCCGCGUGCUGCGCGAGCCCAUCACGCUGUUCGGGGAGGACGACGACGCCCGCCUCGCGCGCUUCAAGCUCGUGCUCAAGUCCGGUGUGAUUGACGACAUCGACGACCUCGACAUGACGGAGGGGCAGACCAACGACUUCCUCCGCGACAUGAUUGAGAUGCGCAAGCGGCAGAAGGCCGGAAGGGACACUUAUGCAAAGGGCAAGGGUAAGCGUGUUGGCGGGGGUGAUGGUGGCGACGGUGGCACUGCUGGAGAAAGCGUAGAUGAUGGGGACGGUGACGGCAAGAGGAGCGGGGAUGAUGCCGAUGCAGACAAGGACUCGAAGAGGAUGAAGACCAAGUUUGAGGAGCUUUGCAACGAAGACAAGAUUUUGGUGUUCUUCAAGAGGCUGCUUAACGAGUGGAACCAGGAGCUCGAUGAGAUGACAGAGCUGGAGAAGCGGACAGCGAAGGGGAAGUCGAUGGUUGCAACGUUCAAGCAGUGCGCACGUUAUCUCAGCCCCCUGUUCGAGUUCUGCAGGAAGAAGGUUCUUCCUGAUGACAUCCGACAAGCAUUGCUCUUUAUUGUGGAGUGCUGCAUGAAGCGUGAUUAUUUAGCAGCAAUGGACCAAUACAUCAAGCUGGCCAUUGGGAACGCACCAUGGCCUAUUGGAGUCACUAUGGUUGGUAUCCACGAGCGUUCUGCUCGAGAAAAGAUCUACACAAAUAGUGUCGCCCACAUCAUGAAUGAUGAGACCACUCGCAAGUACCUUCAGUCAAUCAAGAGGCUUAUGACCCUUUGCCAGCGGCGUUAUCCCGCGCUCCCCUCAAAAUCAGUGGAGUUCAACAGCCUGGCAAAUGGGAGUGACCUGCAGGCGCUUUUAUCAGAGGAGAAUGGUUCGGGCAAAGCUUCUGAGGAAAGGCUCCGGUUGAUGCCAGCAUCAAAGGAGUAAUGCUUUAAUACGCUAGCUUGGAUCACAAAUAGAGUUUGAGAUCUCUGUAAUAUCAACGCUCAGUUUUCCCUGCCUUUUUUUCUUCUUCUUCUGUUUUGUACUGAUGAAGAGAACAGCAGCAGAAUCAUGCAUGUUAAUCAAAUUGCUUACAAA